ACAACAGGGGAGAAAAAAAAAGAAAAACGACACAAUUCACGGUCAUGUCUCUCGGCAAAGUUGCGCGGACUUUGUUGAACCCUCUCCGGGGGGUUCUGCGGCCCUCGGCCUCGGUUGUAGUAAAUCGGAGCUACGCGGCUGUUGCGGACGUCAGGGCGGUGUUAAACGGCGAGCUUGAGUCUAUUCGUGCGGCGGGGACGUGGAAAGCCGAGAGGAUCAUCACUUCCAAGCAGGGACCGCACAUCAACGUGGACGGAAGCCACGGCAGCAUUUUGAACUUCUGCGCCAACAACUACCUUGGACUAUCCAGUCAUCCGGAGCUGGUGCAAGCAGGGAUUGAUGCGCUGAAAAUGUACGGCGCUGGAUUGAGCUCAGUCAGAUUUAUCUGCGGCACUCAGGAUUUGCACAAAAACCUGGAGCAGAAGUUGGCAGAGUUUCACGAGAGGGAAGACUGCAUCCUUUAUGCCAGUUGUUUUGACGCCAAUGCGGGACUGUUUGAGGUGAUGCUGGGCCCAGACGAUGCGGUGUUGUCGGAUGAACUUAACCACGCCUCUAUUAUUGACGGUAUCCGUCUGUGUCGGGCGAAGAGACUGCGCUACAAACACAUGGACCUCAGUGAUUUGGAGAGCAAGCUCAAAGAGUCUCAGUCAUGUCGUAUGCGGCUGGUGGUGACUGAUGGCGUAUUCUCCAUGGAUGGCGAUGUGGCGCCAUUAACAGGAAUCUGCGAUCUGGCUGAGCAGUAUGGAGCCAUGGUGUUCAUCGAUGAAUGCCACGCCACUGGUUUCCUUGGGCCCCGGGGCAGAGGAACCGAUGAGCUGCUGGGAGUAAUGGACCGAGUGCAUAUCGUAAACUCCACGCUGGGAAAAGCACUGGGAGGUGCAGCUGGUGGCUACACAGUGGGGCCAAAGCCCCUCAUUGACUUGCUGAGGCAGCGCGCUCGGCCUUACCUCUUCUCCAACUCCCUCCCACCUCCUGUGGUGGGCUGCGCCACGCGGGCUGUUGAGCUGCUGCUCGCCUCCAAUGAGAUUGCGCAGAGCAUGUCAGCCAAAACCAUGAGGUUUCCGAACAAGAUGACGCAGGCCGGCUUCACCAUCUCGGGCUCCGCUCACCCGAUCUGUCCCGUAAUGUUGGGUGAUGCACGGCUUGCCUCUCUAAUGGCAGAUGAUAUGUUGAAGCUAGGAGUGUAUGUGAUUGGAUUUUCCUUCCCCGUCGUACCAAAAGGCAAAGCCAGAAUCCGUGUUCAGAUUUCAGCCGCACACACUGACAAAGACAUUGACCACUGCGUCGACGCCUUUAUUCAGACGGGCAGAAAGCAUGGAGUCGUUUCCUGAAAGGACAACUAGGAAAAGACUACUAUGAAAACCAAACAACCAGCAAAGUGUUCCUUCAGUUAUUGUGGCCUGUUACUGAUGACCUAUGACUCGUGAUGAUUUUCAUCUGGGAGCGUUUGUGUUGACUUUGAUAAAUAAACUACUUGUACUGCAACUUGUAGGUGAUGAUGGUAAAACAAAAUACAAUUAACGACGUGUUUGAUUGCCUUGCGAGUGGAAAAAAAGUGAAAGAGUGUUUCUAAACUUGUCUUUGAAUCUUUUGAAUGGGUGUUUUAGUUCGGAUAUUUUAGAGAUGCAAAACUGGAUACAGUUUUGAAUGCAGCCAAUAUGAGUUAUAUGUAUUAACAAUUGAAGAGAAAAAUAUAUUCUUCCCCUUUAUUUCUCCAUGCUAGUAGUAGCUUUAAUGUUUUCCACUUUAAAUUGGAAUAUUUUUGCUCUUGACUUUCUAGUGUAUUGAGUGUAGAAGGCUGUAGAUUUUUGGUGGCUUUGGUACAAUGUAUACAGAAGCCGAAAAAAAAUACAAUUCAAGUAAUUUGCAAUCUUUGUUUUUGUGUGUAUUUAGGUGAACGUUUGAAAAAUGAAUUGCUGAAGAAUCAACAAAGUGUACAUACUGAGGGAGAAAGUUGCCAUUCAAACAUUUUUCCCGGUUAGAUGGCGUGAAAGGACCUGUGACCUAUACGCGUUGAAUUGUUUAUCUUCUUAAAAAUGCCAGAGAAUGUAAUGUACAUUGAUGGAAUUUUACACAUUAUUGUGCAUGCACAUUAAGACAGACAAGAUCAAUUUUACUAGUCCGUAUUUCAUGUUGUUACUGCCUUUGAGUGGCCUAAAUGGGAGCAACUAAAGUGAAUGAGACCAAUAUGUGAUGCACUGCACUUUAACACCAGUGCAACAAUGCUACCAUUUAAAACAACAACAACAAAAAAACUAUACAAAUACUUUUUCUUUCCUGCAGACUUAAGUUGGUACUCAAAGAGUUAAAGAGUGCGUACAUUUCCCUAAUGGGUCCGAGGCCUGAAUAGGAUUUUUUUCACCACACAUUCUCCAGUGCCAUGGCAACAGUUGAAAAGCUGUGUGUUCCCCAGGAGACGUGCAGGUUUUGCCAGGGAAAACACCAGUUUAGUUUGGUAAGUGAAUGUUGUUUUUCUGGGUGUAUAAUUGUAUAUUCUGCACCGCUAACUAUUUUUAAUAGCAUAAAAAGUAUAUCGUUUACUGAGAGGCAAUCAAUUCAAAGUGCGCAGAUAAAAAGGGCAAGAAACACACUAUGCGUUACUGUGUAUAUGUGUUGCUAUAGCUGAUGUAUAUUUGUAUUGCGGAGUAUUUCUUCAUUAAUAUGAUGCAAAACCAAGCUGUUAAACUUAUUUUCUUUUGUUCUGGAACAAUGACCUAUUCUAUGUGAACAAUAA